UUCAAAAUCUUUUACUCAAUCAAAAACGCUCUUCAUCGGGUCCGGACAAUCUGCCAUAUUGGUUUUGGAAAUCGUUUGCUAUUGAAUUAGCUCCUAUUGUCACAGAAAUUUUUAACAUGUCACUAAAAACCAGCAAAGUACCUCAGAAAUGGAAAUCCGCUAAUUUAUUACCACUCCCUAAAGAAUCACCAUUAAAUUCGUGCAACCAGUUAAGACCAAUCUCUCUGACGGACAUCAUCAUGAGACUAUUCGAGAAGUGCGUGUAUAAACCUGAAAUCGAACCUAUCACAAGAUAUAACAUUGGUCUUGACCAAUUUGCCUAA